AUGAAAUUUAUGCCCGGUGUUUCGGCGUACAAACGAUGGCGAGGCAUGUCGAUGGCCCAGAAAACGACCUUUGUCGAGGAGGUUGCCGAAUAUCAGACCCAGAUUCGCAUGCAACAGGGCGGAUUCCAAAGCAUCGGGACCCUUCGAACCAACAAAACCGACGAACAGGGUCAGCACAUAGAGCAGCGAGAUUCAGAGCUCCCUGUGACGCCAUCCAAAAUGGUAUCUCUUGUCUACUUUUGGGGCGACCAUUACGACUACGAUAUUCCACGAGGCCCGUUUCAUUCCAGCCAUGACUGGUUGAGCUCCUUUUUGAACAUCAUUAUUCUCGACAGCAAGGCAGCUCUUCGGGAAGCGGAAGAUGAAGAGGACGAGGAAGACGCAGCGGAGGCUGUGGAAGUCGCACAGAAGCUUCUCGCCCUGCUGCCCCGGAUCUUCCCCAGCAUCCAGCACCCCCCCGAACGAAGCUUUUUGUGGCAUGACGACCUGUCGCUACAAAACAUCUUGGUAGAUGACCAAGGGAAAAUCACUGCCUUGCUGGAUUGGGAGUGCGUCUCUACGAUGCCUUCGUGGGCCGUCACCCAGAUGCCCAAGUUCCUGAGCGGGGCGCGAAGGAACGAGAGACCCGAUCGCGACGGAUACGGAGACGAGAGUGUGGGACAGGACGACAUGUUCUCCGGCGGCGAUCGCGACGAGGAGCUGGACAACGAGGGGAAAGAUGAGUUGUACUGGAUCCACUUGAUGGAAUUCGAACAGACGCAGCUGAGGAAGGUCUACGCGGCACGCAUGCAACAGCUACGUCCUGACUGGGCGACGAAGGUCGAGGACGGCGAGUUGAAGAGGGACUUUCACGAAGCUGUUCAUCGCUGCAGGAGCGGAUUCUAUUUGAAACGCAUAUCUCAGUGGGUUGAUGUCAUCACGGCAGGAGACUUUCGGCGCCUUGCCGAGACGCUCCAGGCAGGGCGAUGA